UCCUAGAAAGACGUCCUGGCUCUGUUCGUUUCGAAUACUCCAGUUACAAAUAUACUUCUCAUUUCAACCAUUCAUAACAAAGUGCAACACUACAUUCCAAGCAACAAUAGACAUCAAAAAAUCAAUCAAUCAAUUCAAAAUUGAUAAAAAAAAAUAAAGUGUGAAUUGAACUGAAAACAAAAAUCAGGUCCAUUCUUCGGAGUUUAUUCUUGUGAGAAAUCUCACGAGGCGAAUGACCGAGAGAUUGCAUUCGAUAAAUUUAUAAACUAGUGUGAGGGAAUUUAAUUAAUAGCUUGUUAGUGUGAACAGUGGGAUCAAUGAACUUGGUGACAUUAUUUUGUUUUUUUGAUACUUUUGAAUGAUUAACAAAACUGUGGUGCUUUUUAAUCGACGAAUCAAUGAUUUAUCUCCAGGUCCAACAACUUUUAAGUCAUUGAAUAAUCUUAAACAGAUAAAAUAAUAAGAAUGAUAAUGUGGGCUUGAAAUUAGCGAUAAAUAAUUCGUUACAGGAAGUUGGUAAAUACAAAAAAUUGAAUAUAAACAUUAAUGAUGACCUUGAAGUGGAAAGAGACUACACAUGUCAGACUGUGAAUAAAUUAAAGUUGCUGUAUCAACAAAAUUAUAAUAUUAUUCUUAAAUCUUAAUUCAUUGACUUAAAUUUAAUAUAUAAAUUUGUUGAGGCUUUAUUUCAUUUCAUUUUUUUCUCUCUUUCUGACUCUUCAUAUCCUUUGUAAUAUUUUAUUUGUAAGUAUGAAGUGGUUAAACAGACUGUGAGUAUGAAUAAAAAAUGAUGUUGGAAAGUAUAGUUAUAAAGGGAGACGUAUUUAUAUUGAAAUAAUGAAGACAAGAGUAUCCUGAACAAGCAGAGUAAGAGACUACAUUAAGAGUGAAAGAGAGACCACGAUAAAAAAGGAUAAAAUAAGAAAAAUAAUUAAAAGGAAAAAAUGGCUUCCAUGUGUGGAAGUAGCAAAAGCCAUCCAGCUCUAACUACAAGUAGCUUUUACAGACCAGGUCUUUAUCCUUAUCAAAAUGACUAUUAUUUACCACCGCGAUCAACAUGGUCUCGAGUUCCUCCACACUCGUCAAAAAAUAUACAAAGUAAUGCAAGGUGGAAAAUUGGCAGCGCUGUGCUUAUUGUUGCCGCUUUGCUUGUUCUUUUAGUUGUGUUGUCUAUUGCUGGACUUGCCUUAUGGAUGGGAGCUAUGAGAUCUGACGCAAAAAAUACAAUAAUCGGGUUCUCGUGCAGCUUCAGAAUAACUCAAGGGGAAAAGUACAAUCCAAUGCUAAAGCUCAACACCAGCAUGGUAUUUCGUGAGAAAGAACGCAAGUACAAAAACAUUCUUGGGAUGCUGUUUAAAAAAAGCGUCCUUGGUCCUUCGUAUAAGCAGACCAUCAUAGAUAAAUUCGAGAAUGGAACGCUCAAGGUUUUCUUCAGGUUAUAUCUUGACAAGAGAAAGAUUCCUCGCACUGUGACGAACAUCGAAGAUGCAAUUCACGAUACCAUCAUCAAAGAGACGUACUCAUCUUCAUCAAUGUUUGAAGACAUGGAAUUAGAUUUUGCUUCCAUUUCAAUUCGAAGAAUUUCAUCGGAAGUAACUGCAGCGAGAACUCAGAAGCCUUCAUCCCAACAGCGAAACACAAUGAUAACGAAAAAUGGAUUACUUCGUCCAAAUAGAAACAGCUCAUUAAUGAUGAACACAAAACCAAAGACAAAACCACCACGAGUAGAACUUACUGAAGCAGAUAUUGACUUUAGUAACAUUCCAACAAUUCAAGGAACAUAUCAAGCAACAAAAUUAAAUUUCACAUCAGGAAUGAAAAAUACUGAGACAAAAAUAGAAUCAGGAACAAUCGAGAUAAAGGAUGAGACAUCAGACAAUAAAAAAGAUGAAGUAAACAAAGAAUUAUUGGUUACUGAAAAUGUCACAGUUGUAAACCAAAAAAUUACUACUGAGGGUUUGGAUGCUGAUAAAAAUUCAGAAAAAACUACUACAUUGGUUCCAAGCUCAACUGAGAAUUUAUCGAGUAUGUCAACCACAUCAAUCUCCACUUCUGCCAGCAUUUCUUCAACUUCAACAGAAAAAUUCAAUGAUCCUUUCAAAAAUUUUCCCAUACCAGAUUUCGAGGAAUCUCCUUGGAGACCAAUUAUUCCAUCGUAUAAACCAGAUUCAAAAUUAAUUCCAAUAAUUCGUGAAUCUUCUUCAGUAUCAUCAUCUUCCGGAGUAUCGAGUCCAGUGACCAUCGAAGAAAGGAAUAAAUAUGGGUCGAUUGAUGCUUCAGGAGUAAAAAAUAUCGAAAGCAUUUCAUUAACAUCAGCGCUACCGUUACCUGAUGACCUUAAAUUUAGUCUUCCAUCCGUGGAUCUAAAGCCAGUAGACCUUGAAGAAGUUGAUUUCCCUCAUGACAGAAUAGCACCUGAAGAGAUGGUGAAUUUCAGACCUAACGGAAAAUUUAAGAAUAAAAUUCCUGACAUUGCUGAAGCUAAUUCUGAGAUGAAUUCUGAAAUAGAGGUAGCAGGGCAUUUACCCGAAGAAACGUUCAACGUUCAUGUAGGAACUUCUUCCGGUUCAUCUCACAUAAAACCGCAAAAUCAUCAUCUAGAUACAUCUUCUCAACCUGAAAGUCUUCUUGAAGUCUUCACAGGAGCACCUGGACAUGGCAUGACUUCCUAUUCAUCUUUUUUUGAACCAAUGAUACCAGGAAAUGGAUUCCGACCAUUAUUAAAUCCUUUAGAACCCACGAACAUCUUCAAGACGUCCACCCACUCUCCGAAAAUCAAUUACAGUGGUUAUAGAGCUACCACAUUUAUUCCUCUUCAUUCUGAUGAGUUUUCAGCCGUGAAACCUGUGUCUGGAGUGGGCGUAGCUGAGCCUGUUACUGAUUUAGAGCUUGAUAUCGAGUCCAGGAAUAAAUAUACUGAUACUGUAGCUAGUGAUCAAGCUGAUAAGGUUUCCAUUGAUAAAAAAGUUAAUCAAACAUUGAUAGUACCAGUCUAUACGAGCUUUAAAACGCCUGAUUUGAAUGGAAAUACUAAACCUAGUCUUGUUGAUAAUCCUGGAACUUUAAAGCCAUUCAGACAUACAAUUCCCAUUGAUAAAAUUAAUCCAGUAAUUUAUGAUGAACAUACCGUUGGUUCGACUGAAGAGCCUGAACAAGUUGAACAAGUAGAUGAAGUUAAAAAUGAAAGUAUUCUUAUAGAAAAGAAUGAAGAAAUAGAUAAAAGUCAGAUUGAUAAACAGAAUAUUGAAAAGUUUGAUAUAGAAACUCAGAAAAAUAAAAAUAAAAUAGCUCAAAAAAUUGAUGAUGAAAAAAUAUUACAGUUCAGUACAACAGAAACUUUUUCUGAAGUUAUACAUUCGAGUUUCAACAAUGGAGAGAAAUUGGUGAUGGAGACUGAAGGAGAAUUAACGGAAAUUCCUGAAGAAGAUUCUAAAGAUUUGGAAAAAAAUUCUGAAGUUGAUGAAAUUUCAACAGAAAGUGAUUUAGUAGUGUCUAGACCAGAAGCUGCUACUAGAAGGAAUCCUGAAUUAUUUAUUUGGAAGUGGACAAACCAUACCAUGGAAGGAAGUAAAAAAACUUAUAAUGAUACACUGAAAGCAAAUAUUGUGGGUGAUAUUGUAACUUUAGCACCUACGAGAAGUAAUUCUGUGUUGGGAAAACCUGCAAAAAGACCAAUUAAUGACAAAGAAAAGUUAGUAAGAGGGGAAAAAGAAUCUGCAGAAAAUGAAAAAAUCACUGCUGAUGAUUUUGAAACAUUGAAACAAAUUAUCAGUACAGAAAAUGCUAGUCCUUCUCUUCAAAGUCAUGAAAGUAAAGAAAGAGAAAUAGUGCAUGAUGAUAAUUUUUUUGGAGAAGAAAAUAACUCAUCAGUGAAGAGUAUUGUUGAAGUAGUAACAUCAAUAAGUACUAAAAUAUUAACAAAUGUAAGAACAAAUAAUGUAGUUCUUAGUUUUGAUGUAACUAAUUCCACAUCCAUGCCAAUAAUUGAUCAAAAAACGAAAAAUAAUCCCGAAGAAAACCGUGCUUUUCAUCAACAAGAAGAAUUCAACGAAGAUUCUAUAAAAAAAUUAUUUACUUGGCCACAAGGGCAAGGUUUUGAUAGAAAAAUUUCAACCGCAGAAGAAAGAGAAGCUCUGUUAGAGAAGUUAAAAAAAUUGGCCGAAGUGAGAACAGACAACGACACUAGAUCAAAGUUAAAAAACAUCACUAGAACAUUUAAAACCCCUAUAGUCGUUAUUAAUACUAAGGAAGAUGGUUUGAAAAAUUUUUCUUCAGUUAAUGUUGAAGAUUUAAAGAAGCUAGCAGAUGUAGCAACUGGAAAUGAGACCAUGAAAGUUAAUAUAUCCAGUGCUAUCACUCUGAGUCGUGACGGAGUUGAAGUUUACACGAAAAUUUUAAAUAAAGUUGGAGAUAAGAAUACUGAAAAUAUUAGGAAGAUAGAAGAAGUUGAAGAAUGCGAAGGUUUUCAAUGCAAUGAUGGCAAGUGUCUUCCUUUUGCUGGAAAAUGUAAUAUGCUAGGAGAGUGCUCAAAUUCUGAAGACGAAGCUAAUUGUACAUGCGCUGAUUUUCUUCGUACUCAACUUCUUCACCAAAAAAUUUGUGACGGUGUUGCUGAUUGCUGGGACUACUCUGAUGAAGCUGACUGUGAUUGGUGUCGUCAAGGUCAGUUUAUUUGUGGAAACAAUCGAUAUUGUGUAGACAGAGAGAAAGUUUGCGAUGGAUUAAGAGAUUGUCCUGGUGGAGAAGACGAAAGAAAAUGUGCUGCAUUAAUAGAAGAAGACGAAGAUCAAAUUGAGAAAGAAACAGAACCUAAAUAUGAAAGGAUUGAUUUCACAGCACCAGAAAUAGCAGAAAAGUUUUCAAAAAAGUUUAAAAGCCAAUUCGAUAAUGGCUCAAAAGAAUCGGAAAGGAAAAAAGAAAUUAAUGAAGACUAUGAUCAAUUAGCUGUUGAAAGUUUGCAAAUGGAAACUACAACAUUUAGAAUAAUUGCCGCUGAAUUGUUUGAUAAUGGAAAGAAUGACAGACUAAAAGCCGAUCACAAUCAGAAAAAUAAUAGAAAUAUUUUAAGUAAAUUAAUUUUAUCUGGUGAUAAGAAUCCUAAAGUAAUCAGCAGAGAAAUAUCUGGAAAUAAUAAAAAUAGUUUACAGUCAGAAUCAUCGAAGGACUUUCAUAUAAAUACAAAAGUGGGAAUGCCAAUAAAAAAGUCAGGAAUUUUAGAAGAAAUAAACAGUUAUAAAGAUAGAGGAUAUCUGAGUGUCAGAAAAAAUGGAAAAUGGGGAAAACUUUGUUUGAAUAGCACUGAUAGCUUUGAAGAUGAGAGAAAAAGUAUGUGGACUGUUGAAGAUCUUGCUAGAGCUGUUUGUAAAGCUAUUACAUAUCAAGAUUACGACGAUGUUGAGAAAGUGAUUGAUGAACGAGCUGGAGAUAAUCAAAUCUACUACAGUCUUGUUAUCAAUGAUAAGAUUUCCGACAAAACAAGCCUUUCUUUCAAGACCUCUCAUUGUCCUUCUCGAGAGGUUUUGAAAGUGAAAUGUAAGAGUCUAGAGUGCGGAAUUAGAACUCAGACUACUUCCCAAGCCAGAAUUGUCGGAGGUGGAAGCUCAGAAGCAGGAAGCUGGCCGUGGCAAGUGGCUUUAUAUAAAGAAGGAGAUUAUCAAUGUGGAGGUGCUCUAAUUAAUGACAGAUGGAUUUUAUCAGCAGCUCAUUGCUUUUACCAUGCUCAAAAUGAAUAUUGGGUAGCAAGGAUUGGAGCAACACGACGAGGAAGUUUCCCUAGUCCUUAUGAACAAAUUUUAACUUUAGAUUAUAUUGGCCUUCAUCCAGAAUAUAUUGACAAUGGAUUUAUAAAUGACGUAGCACUAUUGAGAUUAGAAAAACCCGUAAUAUUCAGUGAUUACGUAAGACCCAUUUGUCUGCCUAAUAAUGAACCAAAGAGUGGAACCAUUUGUACAGUUACUGGAUGGGGACAACUGUUUGAAGUUGGCCGUAUUUUUCCGGAUACACUUCAGGAAGUUGAAUUACCCCUUAUUUCAACCGAGGAAUGCAGAAGAAAGACACUAUUUCUACCACUUUAUCGGAUAACAUCAGGAAUGUUGUGUGCUGGUUUAAAAGACGGCGGAAGAGAUGCUUGCAUGGGUGACAGCGGAGGUCCUCUUGUUUGUAGAGGUCCUGAUGAUAAGUACACCUUACAUGGAAUUACUUCUAAUGGCUACGGAUGUGCUAGGCCAGGUAGACCAGGUGUUUACACUAAAGUUUAUCACUAUCUACCGUGGAUUGAACGAAUCAUGCGAGAACUAGACGUCUUGCCAUCGAUUCCCAUUUGCAAAGGUCACAGAUGUCCUUUGGGUGAAUGUCUUCCAAGAUCGAGGGUGUGUAAUGGAUUUUUAGAGUGCUCUGAUGGAAGUGAUGAACGUGAUUGCCCACUACAUUCACGAUAAUUUUAGAUAGUAAUUCAAUCAAUUCAUGAUGAAUUAAUCAAAUGAUAAAAGUGUAUGGCCUGUUUACUUAUAGACAUUCGCUCAAUUGUGCAAUACAUGAAAAAUUAUAAAUGAGACUGGUUUUUAUAUUAAUAGAAAAAAUGUAUACGUGUUCAAUUUAUCAUCAUUGUCACACUAACAUUGAUGAUUCCCUACUAGAAAUGAAAUCGAGUCAAUGCUUCGCCUAGAUUUUCUGGAUGUGAAUAUACAGCGAUAAUGCUUCUUGGAAAUAUAAGUUAAAUAAAUGUAUAGGAAUCAUUAUCACUGAAAACAUCAAUAAAAAAAUGUGUGAACAAAUCCGGAAACAUAGUUAUAAAAACACAUUGAUACAAAGAUAAUUAUACCCAACGAUAUCUUAUGUGGUGAUGAUGAUUGUUUUUAACUCGAAAAUUUCUACUAGGGUUAUUAUGAAAUAAUUUAAUAUUCAUAGUUGAAUAUUAUUGUUAAAUAUAAGUAGA